AUGUACUUGAAGACGAUUCUUGGUGCGGUGGCACUGAGCGCUGGAAUGGUCAACGCAGACUUCAUGGUCUACACCGAGCCGCCUAUACCCACAAGCGCAAUUCCUACCACCGCUGGCGGUCAAUGGACAACCUCCGUCUUCCUCAACGCGAAACUGGGUUGGGACGCUUACACCAAAGCCCGCGGUAGCACCUACGAGUCCUCAGUAUCAUCCGCCGCCUCCGAAGUCCGCUCCUUUGCCUCUGCCCACGGCAACUACAGUAUCCCGGCGGAUGUUACAAACGACGACGCCGCGACGACCUUCUACAGCAAGCCUGACUGGUACGAUGCGCUGCCCACGGGCGUUAGGCAGUUCAAGGAAGAGCAGGUGUCGGACCAGUUCAGUAUUAUACGGAGCAUAAUAGGCGAUGAUACAACAAGCGGGGCCGCGGGCGCUUCGGGCACAGGCAGUCCAGGUGCGGCCAAACCCACACCGAGAGCGGGGCUGGGUGCCGCUGGCAUGGGCGCGAUGGCUGCAGUCGCAGCCGGAGUGUUCUUGUGA